AAGAUGUCAGCUAAGCGUGGAGUGGAGUUUUUAAAAUCUAUUGCUGAAUAUUAUGGAAAAGCUGGCGGCCAUGAUUCCCUCACCAAUGUGUUCAAAGUGACAGGUGGUGGCGAUGGCCGUUGUAUUGGUGAAUUUCGUGUAGCAAAAUCCCAUUUAAAUGCAGCCGGUACCCUGCAUGGUGGAUUUAUUGCAACCAUAGUCGAUCAUGUUACAAGUUAUGCUCUAAUGUCGGCCGAUUCACAUCCUGGCACAAGUGUCGAUCUGCGCGUUAGCUAUAUGUCACCAGCCAAGGAAAAUGAUGAUGUAAUUGUCGAUGCCAAAACAUUAAAGGUGGGCAAAUCUAUGGCAUUUAUUGAUUGUGUUCUAAAGAGAAAAUCAGAUGGUUCGAUUAUUGCUCAGGGUGGACAAACGAAAUAUGUUAAUUUUAAAAAAUAAA